AAUUAAUAAUUUAUAGAUAGUGGUAUUAUGCUAAAAAACUUCAUCAAAACGUCAAAAUCCUUGACAUUCUCAAAUUCGUAGUCAAAUAUUUUCACCCAGAAAAAUGAGUCUCUCUCAAAAAUCUCCUUGUAUUUUUUGUAAUAUUGUAAAUAAGUUGGAAGAUACGGAGAUUUUAUAUGAAGAUGAUUUGGUUUGUGUCUUUCGAGAUAUUAAACCGGCCAGCAAAUUUCAUAUUUUGACUGUGCCUAAGCGGCACAUUGAAGAUGCCAGAGCAUUAACCCCUAGCGAUAUUGCAUUGGUGCAAAAAAUGCUAACUGUAGCUAAACAAAUGCUGUCACAAAAUAAUUAUUCCAUGGAUGAUGCCAGAUUUGGUUACCACUGGCCACCAUUCAGAAGUGUAAAACAUUUACAUCUACAUGCAAUAGCUCCAGAAAGUGAAAUGGGAUUCUUGGCUCGGAUGAUAUUUAAAAAGGACUCAUAUUGGUUUGUGUCUCCUGACUAUGUUGCUUCAAGACUGUGAAAAGCUGACAACUAUGUAUACCAAUUUUGUAGAAUUUUUCUUGGUGGUGUGUACAUUAGUGGAAGUCCUAGAUUGAAAUACAGUUGAACCCAUUUAAGAGAUGAAUAGUAUUCUAUAAAUUUUUAGUAUUAACUUGCAAAUACAAUUUUUCAUAGCAAUUAGUUGACUAAGGGAGCAUUCAAGUAUUACGUGACACAAUUUUUGGAGAUUCUUGACCCCCAUCCCCACCCCCAUUGACUUGAUUUGAGUAAAACGUUUCGUGACCACCCCAAGUGACUCUUUCUACCUAAAACUUACCAUUAUGUGGUGUAAAGUACUGGAAAGUCAAAAAUAAUAUUAUCAAUAACACAUAAUUUAAUUCCUACCCUGCAUCAAACAUUUUACAAGAGGACUCCCCCCUUCAAAUUCGGUACGUAAUACUUGAAAGCUCCCUAACUUGCUCCCUGUGCUCCCAAGCACAGUAUAGGAGGAAGCAAUGUCAGGUGAGAAUAUGUCAAGAAUUUAUGUGUGGAUAGAUGUCAAUGUUAAUAAUGAAAAUAGCUCCAUACUAAUGUGAUCUAGGUUCCAAAACCUGUGAAUCAGUGGUGGAAUUGUUGUGGUAUACAUGUUGGUAUACAUCUAUCAUUGUAUUACUGUUCAUUCCUUGGUCAUUUGGUAAAAGCCUCCUCCAAAUCCUGCCAUUUCUCUGUACUGUGCCACUCUGCCAUAUGCCUUCUGCUAUUUCCAGGUCUAUCCACCUUCUUAUAUAUAGGUUCAAUUGUAUUAUAUUUUUGUUAAUAAGAUUACUGUGGUAUUAGGUUAUUUUAUAUGGUAACAUUUAAAUAUGAUUUUUUCGAAGUACUAGAAAAUAUGUUUCAAUUAGCUACACAAAUCUUAAUGAGUUAAGGGUUAUACAACUUUAAGUUUUAUUUUUGUACCAAACAACUGAUUUAUGACUAUUAUAUUUGUGUAAUUUUUUUUUAUGUGAAAUGUUCUGUACAACAUUCUUUGGUGUGAAUGUAUGUGCAAUGUUAGGAAUUAUUACUUCUCGUAACAUUACAUAUUUCUAUUGUUCCUAUUGUUCCUAUUAUUUUACUAGUUAUGUUAGCUAUUAUUUAAUAAAAUGUUAUUGUGUUACCUAUGGUGUUCGUUUUUGACAUAUGUCCAUAAUGCUAUCAUCAUUCUGACAUAUUGCUUUAUAAACUUAAGUAUACUUAAAUAUUAUUUUAAAUACUACGGUAACAGUUUGCUUAUUGCGAGCGCUCGUAACGAGUUAGUGCAGCGUACUGACAGAAUAAAUGGUCGAUGCGUAACACUCAAAAGAUUCGCCAAAAAACCGCCAGCCCGGUCGAGCACUCAGAGCGAGCCACGAGCGACUCGUUGAUCGUUGAUAUCGCUGUAACAAUACGUACUGACUGCACGAAUCCUCGAUGUGUAAUACAUUACAUGACACCGCAAGCAUGAGGUCAAAACCCAGCUGGAGGCUUCAAAGAGUGACUUCGAAGGGAGGAGUUGUAACAAAUGGUGUUUUUUUGCGGAAAACCCGGAGUCCGAGACUUCACGAAGCAGUUUCGACUACAGACACGAGUUUGCUCCUAUACUCAUAAUCUGUCCGAAAAAUAGCUGCAAAGCUAGUAUUAAGAGUAUCCCGAGUGCUAUCGUCCGCAUAACAAUGAUUAGACUAAUGAUUUAACUACUCACGAAACACAUAAAAGAAUAAUAAUAAAAAAAGAAUGAAAAAAAAACAAACUUGAACGCAACACAAUUGGGAGGGGUCCGCUUGACUAACAUUUAUGAAAUCCAGUGUAGAUGACGGCGCCUUCGAUAGUUCGCUCCGUCUGCCCCGAGAUAUAUAAUAUAUUUUUUGGACCCAGACUUGCGCGUUCUCCGUAAAUCGCACGAAACGCGAGUAAAACUAUUGACACACAGAAAACCGGCGUAAUGUAUGCCUGUGCUUUGUUACAGCGGGUGAGGGCCGCUCUUCCUGCGCGCCUCCGAACUUUUAUAUACACUCUAGGGGUAGG